GCGCCUUGUCUACUUAGGUGCGGUACUCUGGCACCAAGAUUUUUCUCUAAAUGUCUAGUUUAUGAUUGGACCAUAUUUAUUGGAAAUGAUGUUAGAGGUUAAAAAGGCAUUUAUUAGCUUUCUAAGGAUGAACAAUGAUUCAAGUCCUUCUGAUCCUUUACAAACAACAUGUUCACAUGGAAGUGUUCAUGUAAACGGACAUUAUCCUAGUCCAAUGCCUAAGAAUAGUGUUGUUCACAUGGAAGACUACAAUAAAAACAAUGAACAUGGUCCUCGCCUUAGUUUCAAGCGGUUAACCUUAUCUGAUUCGCUUGAUCUAGCUGGAAAUCGCAUUCAGUCGCAUUUGUAUUCCAAGCUUGGUCCAGAGGCGAUCGAACUUGACCUAAUGUGUGCUGAUAAAAUAUACUCUACAAAAGAAACUUCAAGUAAUGGUCAUUUGUUUUGUCCCGUCCCACUUGAUGGUGAUACCUUUUGUGAUCAUUGCAACCAACCUAUUUGGGAAUUCGGUUGGCGUCCAGUCUGCUUAAAGUGUGCAAAAUGCCACAUGACCUGUCACUGGCUGUGCAAAACUGAGGUUACAGUUUUGUGUGAUGAAGACGCCAAGACCUCUCAUCAAGUUACUGAACCAAAUCUAUUUCCCCCAAUGGUUGUUUCGGGGAACGAUUUAGAACAAGUCAGCACACUUUCAUGACUACAAACUUCAACACACCGUUAAACGUUCCUGCUAAACUGGAUAAUGGAAUAUCAAUAAAGCAGAAGGCUGAAUGCUUAUCUCGAUCAACAUUGUCAAGGCGUGCUACUGAGUUUCACAAAUCGAAAACAUCAGUUGAUGUAAAAUUAGUCAGUAGGCAUUCAUUUCUAUGCGGAAAUAAACCAAACGUUUGCCUAGCUUAUGAUUUUUCAAGCUUAGAUAAGGAGGCAAUUCGAGAUCGAGGGAUUCUUGUGAGACAAUUAAGCCCAUCUCUUACUGAAUUACAAAACACUUCUAAACCACUUCAGAACACAAAUAUUAUCUCAGAUACCUCGAACUCCAAUCCUUUUACUCGUUCAGAUGAAAGUUCGUUUCCAGAAAAAGAAGUUUCUGAUAUUGGCCUUGCCAGUGUGAUGCAAACAACUCAGGAAUUUGUUCGCACCAAACAAAAACGAAGCUUUCAGACUCAUCUACGUUCUUCAAAUGCGCUUCCAUUAAUCCCUAUGGUGGUUGGACCGCGAGCAAUAUUGCCUUGGUCUUCUGAUCGUUUGAAACAGUUAAUUCAAAUCUUUAGUGUAAAUGAAUUCGGAUUACAAGCUGCUAGUCUAACUGGUGCUGAUUCAUGUGAUUGCGAAGGUCAAGUUCGUGUACAUAUAAACUUACUCCGCCCUAUUCAAAUGUUACUUACAGCUAGACCAGCUUCCAUUUUCGACGUAGUUGGUGCAAAAAGUGAUGAAACAGAUGAUGAUGAUGAUGAUAAUGAAGAUGACGAUGGGGCAGAUGUUAGUGAUCGAUCUGAAGAUGAUCAGAAUCUUUGGUUGGUCCAAGGCGACAACAAUAAUAACUGCCAUCUUGUUUCGAAACAACACCCUUCUAAUACACCACAUUCCUUUGUAUCAGCCAACAUUCCAUAUUUUUCACCAAAUAAUAAAGUGCAUAAAGCUGAUGGAAAUAUUGUUGAGUCACAUCGUCGGUUAGGUAGAACAACUUCAACAGUAUCUACUUUUCGGUUACCAAGAGGAAGCACAAAAUUGUUGCAUGUUCGACUAUCGACAACUGCACAAAUGGUUAUUUGUGCACUACUUGAUCGAUUUGGUAUACGAGAUAAUCCUCAAAAGUUUGCUUUAUAUGAACACACAAUUGAAGGUGAUCAGAAAGUUUCUGUACGAAAAUUAUUUGAUAAUGAAUCACCGUUGGGGUUACUAUUCAAGUGGGUCGAUCAAGAUCCAAGUAAUUUUAACAACAUUCUGAGUGUGAAGCGAUUAGUAUUACAAGAGAAUGAAACUGGUGAUAUUGAAUGGACCACAUUUAGUUUAUCAGAAUUGUAUACAUUUUUGGGAAUAUUGAAUCGUGAAGAAAGUGAUUAUCGUAGACGUAUUGAAAUGAAAUAUGAAAUACGCAGGAAAGAAAUAAAACGUUUAAUGGAACUACAUAAUAAUAAAUUUAAAUCUUUAGACAAAUCAUUCAAUUGUCAAUUCAAUUCUGUUAAUUCGGAUGUAACCACUGUAAUUGCUGAACGAUAUGAAAAUGAAGCGAUAACUAAACAAUCAUGCGAUGAAAAUUUGGAAUUUAAUGCCUAUUCUUGUAUGGAUUCAUUGUCUGCACCGGUUUCGCCAACAUUAUUUCGUAAAACAAACAAACAGAUAGAUUUAAACGAUGAAAAGUCGACUUUACCAGGAGUUUCAAACUCACCAGAUUCUUGUUCAUCUCCAGAGGCAACACUCAAUCGUAAUACAAUUAAACACAGUCAACUUUCUGAUGCUGUAUCCACAUUACCUCGUGUACCAUCAAAUAAAAUCUCUGGAAUAUCAAAUACUUCUAAUAAGAUUCCUUCUAUAUUCAAAUCGUUUUCUAAUUUUAAAGCUAAAAAAGCUGAACUUGCUCAACAAAAAAGAUUAGCUAAAAUGGAAAAAGCUCGUAUUAAAGCAGAACAACAACAACAACAGCGUAAAGAAAAAAUUAAAAAUCAUCCACUUUCUUCAUGGAAAUGGCGUGGAUUUGGCACACUUUCUCCGUCUAGUUCUUCAUCAAUGUCUCCUACUGGUUUGUCACCAUCAUCAUCACAUCAAUAAUGAUAUAUCAACUGCACUGCAUUGUGAUCAUAUUCUUAUUUAUUUUUGUCAAGAAAUGAGCAGAUUAAUUGAUUACAUACUAUUUUCUGUUUUCUAUAUCCUCUCUACUUCAUUACACAUUGUCUUCCAGUUCAAUUAUGUAAAUAUUUACUUGUUUUUUUAAAGUCUUUUUCAGGCACGUUUUGUUUAUUCCAUCAGACUUUUACAUUUUUAUCAAACUUUCCUAUGCUUCCUUCAUUUUUUCCCUUGCUCUUUUUUUUCCCUCUGUCUAUUUUAAACUAUCUUUAUUUACUCCAUUACAAGCACCACAGAGGCCUUUUAUCAUUAAAUGGAUUCUUUUUUUCCUUAAUGCACAAUAAUAAAAUUCUAGUCUAUUUAUUUUGUCCAAUAAGUAUUUCUUUUUUUCUUUGCAGCAGCAGCAAAAACUCUGUUUUAUUACGUUACAGUUCAGGUCAAGUAUAUACGAAGCGAAUUAUUUUCUAGAAUAUGAUCAAUCAUGUACAAUAGUAAUAAUGAUAAUAUAUUUGUUUAUUAUUAUUGCAUGUAUGUGCAUGUACCUUCUUUGUUUUCAAUAGCUCACAUAUUAGGAAACAUAUAGAUUGACAUUACCAAUUUACAAUUAUUUUCUUUGAAAAUCACUCCAAACAUUCAUUCAGUUUUAAAUCUUCAUUUGGACAUGUUUCAGAAUGGGUUUUUUUUAAUAAAUGAAAAAUAAAAAUAAAUUCACUUUUCAUAUAUAAUAAUAUGUACAAUUUUACAUAGAUAACCGAGUAUAAAAACUCAGCUCUUGAUUAUAAGGAAGUUAUGAAUACUUUUGAAAAGUAGUACAGUUUUAUUCUUCUUCCUCUUCAUGAUGUUGACAAUAAAUUCAUUGGAAAAUAAAUCCUGUACAUCCAAGUGGAUAUUUUCUUAUUAUUAUUAUCUAUUCUGUCAUAUUAAAUCUUCACUUUGGUUGUCAAGUAUAGGUGUACAUUAAGUCUUAUAAUCUUCAAUGAGUUUAUGACUAUAAUCCUCAGGUUGUCAACUGUUAACUAUAAGUGCUUCAAUUUAGGUGGUCAUUGUGUAGCACAAUUUAUCCUUGUUGUAUUUUGGUAACUGGCGUAACCAGACAUACGAACAAAGGGAUUGCAAUAUUGGAUGUAACUUAAUUAGAUACAUCAACGACUAAUGCACAACAACAUUUCAUCGUUGUAUACCCUAUAUAAGUAAAAACAAAGACAGGACAAUACCAGAGAGCUUUUAUGUCUCCAAAAAAGGUAGUAUGGUAUUUUACAAGAAAAUAAUCAAUCGGAACAGAUUUCAGAUGCGCAAAUAGCAAUAGUAACUUAUUUUGGCAAUGAUAUUGAUUUGGGCUAGCAUCAAUAGUCCUCAGUUUCUAAAUUGUUGUGCUACUGCUUAAUGUAUGAACUGGUGAAUUCCUGUAUAAAGAGCGGGCAGAAUUCUCAGGAGAAAAUGAAUUCAACCUACCUCAAGACCUCGUCAGCUGUAAACAACAUAAUGUCAUAAACAAUAAUAUGAUGAUAAGCAAUGGUUUGACAUACUUUGGUUAAUGAUGCUGAGUUGAAGAUUUGAUGCGUGACGGGAAAUCAUAAGAAGUAAAAGGUUCAAGAUAUAUUAAUUGAAGUCGAAAGGGACGGUUGAAUACAUAAAAGAGUAAAUGACUAAGAAUAGGUGAGGUAAGCAUUUAUUUACUAAAAAUUAUAAUAAAAAUGUGGGAUUACAUAAUCAUAGUAAGAGUAAGUGGAUGCAUCAUCAAUUGACAUGAAUAAGGGUUGGAAUCAAAUUAAUGAGUGAAUAUUGACGGAAAGGUUGAAGUGUGGGAAUGUAACAAGAUUAUCUGUGUGCAGUUAUACUUAUCAUGACAAAGGAAGACUGAUCUCGGUUUUCUGUCAGAGUAGUUUAAUGCCAGUAACCUUUGCAAAAUGAAGUCCGAGUGACGCUUGCUCAUUGUUAAUUAUAUGGAAUGCCUUAUAGUGCCUGGUCUUGAUGAGGAACUUUAAAGUAAAAUAACUUCAUUUGAUUCCGCAAAUGUUACAUGCAGUAGUAUUGUUUCUCGUGAACUAUGUUAAUUUUCGGCAUGUUCAUAUUUUUGUUAAACAUUUUUUAUCUACUAG